GAAUAUACCUAGGAGUGGAACUGCAGGGUCAUACAGCAAUUCUAUGUUUAACUUAUUGAGGAAUUCCAAAACUUCAUUUUGAUGGUUUCACCCAAUGCAUAGAUUUUAUCUAAUAAACUGCCUCUGGUUGGUAGUACAGCCUCCCCUCCUCCUACAACUUUUAAUUUUUCUAAUCAAAGUCAUCACUACGGGUUAAUUUUUCAUCACAGGCAAUCCCUGCCAUAAUUAAGUCAAUCUGACAUCAGUCCAGCUUUUGUUAGUCCUUGUUUCUUACUGUGGGUUGCUGUCCAUUUCGUUUUAGGUUUUAAAAAAUAUUUAACAGCGCCGGAGGACACAAGGGAAGAGGGAGAAGGGACCAGAACAGGUAAUCUUUAAGUGGUCACUGACUCCAAAAAGUCUGAGUUCUGGAGUCUAAGAGCAGGGAAGACUUAAAAAUAUAAAUCAGAUCACAUCCCUCUGGCCCAUUUGGCCUUAUUUCAGUUCAACACACCAAACAUUCCCACUCAGGGCCUUUUCAUUUGCUGUCUCUGCUGGCUGGAGCGCCCUUUCCCUGGUUCUUUCCAUGGUUGUCAAAGCUCAGUUCAAAUGUCCUCUCCUAACGGGGAGGCCUCCCCCACUCAUACCAUCUAAUUCUGCUUCAUUUGCAUCAUACUCUAGCAGGCUACUUUCUUCACUGCAUUAACCACUCUCUGAAAUCCUUAUUUGCUUGUUGCCGGUCCUCUCCACUAAAAUAUAAUUUAUGAGAAUAAGGACCGUCUCUGACCUGUUUUCUGCUGUAUUAUCCCUAGUGCCCAACAGUGCCCUGGCAUGUGGCAGAUGCUCCGAAAAUAUCUGAUAAAUGAACAAAACCAGGGCAGGCUUUGAUAGCAGAUGCUACAUGUCCAGGGAGAAAAUGUUAUAAAAGAACACAUGAAAACCUAACUUCAAGGGGCCUACCUUUAUAUUAUGCAAUAAUAUUAAUAAUCAUACAGUGGUGUAACACUGAAAUAGAACUGAGAGGCCUUCAUCUUUUAUUUUCACCAUUCUUAGCCAUCAGCAGAAUGGUUUUUGAAUGGCAAACAUUUGCAUAGCUAAUUUUUUCUUGUUCUUUUACUCAACUUGUACCUCUUAACUGCUUUAGAAAUCUCUCUCGGGACUUUCCUGGUGAUCCAGUGGUUAAGACUCCAUGCUUCCAGUGUAGCGGGCACGGAUUCGAUCCCUGGUCAGGGAACUAAGAUCCCACAUGUGGCACAGUGCGGCCAAAAAAAAGAGAAAGAAAUAGAAGUCUCUCCUUUCUUCAUCCUUGAGGAAUCAGCUCCAACAUAACCUACAUUUAGUUAACUUGCUUCUUCAAUGUAUAGAUGAAUUCAUUAUUCAUUUAUUCAUUCAAUAAAAAGGUAGUGAGGACCUAACAUGUGCCAGGCACUGUUCUAAGUGAACACAGCAGUAAAGAAAACAGACAGGGUUUCUCAUUUAGUGAUGGUAAAGGGCAAGAAACAAAAAAAGACACUGGAAAUCACUGAAAGGCAAAGCAUGGAACAAGUCUCCUGGAUAUGGUAACCCUAGGAAGCUCCCCUUUUGCUCAAUAGUGAUGGAAGAGAGUGAGAUUUAGAAAGGGACUGGAGAAAACAUUUGUUCAUUCAUUCGACAAAUUAUUAUUGAGCAUCUUCUAUGUAACAGGUAACCUGCUAGGUUGUGCAGAUGAUCAGUGAACAAGAUACACAAGGUAGUUCUUCACAAGCAUAUAAUAUUCUAGUGUGGGACACAAUACACUAGACAAGAAAAAAAAAUCAGUGAUGCGUGCUCUACAGAGAACUCAAACAGGGUAAUGUGACUGGCACUUUAGACUGGGGGAGGGGGAAAUGUGAGAAGGUAACAUUUAAUCCAAGCCUGAACGAGACGAGGAGCAACCAGCCUUUCAAAGAUUGGGCAAAGAAUGUUCUAGUCACAAAGAACUGCCAGUACAAAGGGCCUAAGGCAGUAAUGAGCUAGGAACAGCCAAAAGGACAGAGGGCACGGCAUGUGUGGUUGGAGCAGAGGGGACAAAGAGGAGAAUGGUUAGGAGAUGAGAGGAGAGGGAAGCAAGGGUCAGAUCACGUAGGACUUAGGCUACUGGACUGAGAGGCUCCAGAGUGAAAACAGGGAGGCUAGUGAGGAAGCUACAUAACCAUAGCCUAGACUAGAGUGGUAGCUGUAAAGAUGGAGACACACCAAUUGAUUAGGAAAUACUACUGUUACAGUGCAGUUUCCCUCUAAGUCACAUUUGGUCUGUGAUGUUACCCCAUAUCCAUGUUUGGGUGGUAGGGGUGUCACUUUGCCAGGAAAGCCCCCCAAAGCAAAGGGUGCUGUGGGGUGUGUGCCUGACAAUCAGCCAGUCAUACCUACACUUUUAAAUUCUUGUAACUUUGCAUUCAGUGAGCCACAGGUGCCAACUCCACAAGGAACCCUUUCGAAAAUACGAAGAGUUAAACCACUUGAGAUAGAUUUAGAGAUUUAGAGCUCCACUUCUUGGUUUCACUUCCCAGCAAUGGGUACAAAUAAAGAAAAUAAAUUAAUAAAUCUCAACACUUAGCUUGCCCAUCUCAUAGGCGAAGUUAAAAAGGCGCCAGUGGGUGCAACAUUAAGGGAUUGGGACUGCAUUCAGCCUUCAAUAUUUCCAACGUCCAUUUACCGAGGCCAAGACCCCAAUUCUGUAAAUAUGAAAGCGGGGGUAGAGGCGAAUCCUUCCUUCCAUGUCUCGACCCGAUUUUAUUUGUCACCAGGCCCAAGACACUCACUGUAGGGUGGUUGAACCGAAGCUUAUUCUUAACUCUCGCACUUUUUAAGGAGACGCAGAAUAUCUGAACAGUGGCUGCAAUCCAAGCCAAAGGGAGAAGGGCGCUGAAACGCAGGCUAAUGAGCCGCGUUUCCACCCUUGCCCCACCACAGACGGGUGGCGUCCGCCUAGUACCGCCCUCCGAGUCUCCUACUUGGGAUUUGAGGAUUGGAUCUCGCCCGGCACCGCCCUCUUCCCAUAUGCGACGGGAAGAGGCACCCGGCUCCCUCGGCUGCACCUCUGCAGUUCUCUUGCAAAAGAGGAAGCAAGUGCAAAUACUGCAAAGUUAUUUUCUGCAAUACAGUGGAUACAGUUUGUUAUGGCUACUCUGAGUGUUAUAGGUUCAAGUUCACUUAUUGCCUAUGCUGUAUUCCAGAGCAUACAGAAAUCUCCAGAGAUAAGGCCACUCGUUUAUCUGAGCUUCUCUGACCUCCUCCUGGGGAUAUACUGGCUCAUUGAGGCACUUCUCUAUGGAACUUCAGCAGCCAAUAAGGACAUUGUCUGCUAUAACUUGCAAGCAGUUGGACAGAUAUUCUACAUUUCCUCAUUUUUCUACACUGUCAAUUACAUCUGGUACCUGUACAAAGAGCUGAGGAUGAAACCCCACCAGAGUGGACAGAGCACAGUUCCACUGGUUAUAGGUUAUACCUGUCGAGUUAGUCAAACAGCCAUCAUUUUGUCAAGCCUGAUACCUCUACUAUUGAUGAUACCUGUAUUCUGUUUGGGCAAUGCCAGUGAAUGUUUCCGCAACUUCAGCCAGAGCCACAGGUGUAUCCUGAUGUACUCACCACCAACAGCCAUGGCUAAAGUCCUGCCUUCUGCCAACACAUCAGUCUGUAGCACACUUUAUUUUUAUGGGCUUAUCAUUUUCCUGGCCAGCUUUCUACUCAGCCUCCUCACCAUUGUGGUCUUACUCAUUCAAGCCCAGACACUUUAUAAGAAGUUUCUGAAAUCGACUGGCUUUCUGGGGAGUGAACAGUGGGCAGUGAUUCACAUUGUGGAGCAGCGAGUACGCUUCUACCCAGUGGCCUUCUUUUGCUGCUGGGGCCCAGCUGUCAUUCUGAUGAUCAUAAAGAUGACUAAGCCACAGGACACCAAACUUCACAUGGCCCUCUAUGUUCUCCAGGCUCUAACAGCAUCAUCUCAGGGUCUGCUCAACUGUGGAGUAUACGGCUGGACACAGUACAAGCUCUACCAACUAAAGCAAGAGGCUCGGCAUGAUGCAGACACCCAGACACCAUUAUUAUGCUCACAGAAGAGAUUCUAUAGCAGGGGCCUAGAUCCAUUGGAGUCUACCAUUGCUUUUGCUACUAGCACCUCCACCAUUCUUUGAAACUGUAGAAUUGGAACAUCCAGAACUGGAAUGAUUCUACACUAAUGGUUUGGGAAGAGUGUUUGGGAAGAACAUCUUAAGUCUUUUCUAACCGUGCCUUAAACUACGGAAGUGAAAGGGAAUGUAGUGCCAUGGUUAGUAGCUACUCUAGGUGAAGUGGGUGGGAUCUAAUCAUUAUUCUCAGAUUCACAAGUAAAGUCACUAUUCAGGGAGAUGAAGCCACUUUCCACCUAAGAGAUAGACUCAUAUUAUUUCAAUAAAUAUUAGAUUUGUCUAAGUCUCUUCUACAAGAAAUAAAU